AUGUCUUUGAAACUACCACAGAACCCAAACGCUGGCCUUUUUAAACAAGGCUAUAACAGUUAUUCCAAUGCAGAUGGUCAAAUUAACAAGUCCAUUGCAGCAGUUCGCGAGUUACAUCAAAUGUGCCUUACUUCCAUGGGUCCAUGUGGUCGUAAUAAGAUUAUCGUGAAUCAUUUGGGUAAGAUUAUUAUUACUAAUGAUGCAGCCACUAUGUUGAGAGAAUUGGAUAUCGUUCAUCCAGCCGUCAAAGUUCUCGUGAUGGCGACAGAACAACAAAAAAUUGACUUGGGUGACGGUACCAAUUUAGUUAUGAUUCUUGCAGGUGAGUUAUUGAAUGUAAGUGAGAAGCUACUUGCGUUGGGUUUAUCUGCGGUGGAAAUAAUUCAAGGGUAUAAUAUGGCUAAGAAUUUCACUUUGAAUGAGUUAGACAAAUUAGUCGUUGAUGAAAUUGUUGACAAGAGUGAUAAGAAUGAAUUAAUUAAAAUUAUUAAGCCUGUCAUUGCUUCCAAACAAUAUGGUUUUGAAGAUUUAUUGAGUGGUUUGGUUGCAGAAGCAGUAUCUCAUGUUAUUCCAACUUCAAAACAAUCAGAUGGCAAGACGCCUUAUUUUAAUGUUGAUUCCAUUAGAGUGGUUAAAAUUAUGGGUGGUUCUUUGAGCAAUUCUUCCGUUAUCAAAGGUAUGGUAUUCAAUCGUGAACCAGAAGGUCAUAUUAAAUCUUUAACUGAUGGUGAAAGACAUAAAGUUGCUGUUUUUGUUUGUCCAAUUGAUAUUGCCAAUACAGAAACAAAAGGAACUGUUUUGUUACAUAAUGCACAAGAAAUGCUAGACUUCUCAAGAGGUGAAGAAAAACAAAUUGAUGCAAUGAUGAAGGAAAUUGCUGAUAUGGGUGUGAAGUGUAUUGUUGCAGGUGCUGGUGUUGGUGAGUUAGCUCUGCAUUAUUUGAACAGAUAUGGGAUCUUAGUUUUGAAGGUACCAAGUAAAUUUGAAUUGAGAAGAAUAUGUCGUGUUUGUGGUGCUACUCCAUUACCUAGACUUGGGGCACCAACUCCUGAAGAAUUGGGUCUAGUAGACACGGUGAAGACUGUAGAAAUUGGUGGUGACAGAGUUACUGUUUUCAAGCAAGACUCAGACGAAAUCUCAAGAACUGCUACCAUUAUCUUGAGAGGUGCUACACAAAAUAAUUUGGAUGAUAUUGAAAGAGCUAUCGACGAUGGUGUUUCAGCAAUUAAAGGUUUAAUGAAACCUACUGGUGGAAAAUUAUUACCAGGUGCUGGGGCCACUGAAAUUGAGUUAGUAUCAAGAAUUAACAAAUUUGGUGAAAAGACUCCAGGUCUAUUGCAAUUAGCUAUAAAGCAAUUUGCCCUUGCAUUUGAAGUUGUGCCACGUACGUUAGCAGAAACUGCAGGUCUUGAUGUUAACGAAGUAUUACCAAAUUUAUAUGCAGCACAUACUAUGACUGAAGAUGAAGCAAACGAACCAGCUGCCAGCAAUGAUUGUUUAUUCAAGGGUAUAGAUACAUCUGGUGAAACGGAGGAAGGUGUUAAAGAUAUCAGGGAAGAUAGUGUUUACGAUAUGUUAGCCACAAAGAGAUUUGCAAUUAAUGUGGCCACAGAAGCAGCUACCACAGUCUUAUCUAUUGAUCAAAUCAUUAUGGCCAAGAAAGCGGGCGGUCCAGCACCUCCACCUCAAGGACCAAGACCAGGUAACUGGGAUCAAGAUGAUUGA